AUGGCUGGUGGAAACGAAGUCAACCUAAACGAAUGCAAGAGAAUUGUCCCACUCAACACAUGGGUCCUCAUUUCCAAUUUCAAGCUCGCUUACAACAUUCUCCGUCGUCCAGACGGUUCAUUCAAUCGUGACCUCGCCGAGUUUCUCGAUCGGAAAGUUCCCGCCAACGCUUUCCCUGUCGAUGGUGUCUUCUCCUUCGACCAUGUCGACACAACAACAAACCUCCUCACCAGAAUCUACCAACCUGCUUCUUCUAUUGAUCAGACACGUUACGGUACUGUCGAGCUAAACGAACCCUUAAGCGAUACAGAGAUUGUCCCUGUUCUGAUUUUCUUCCAUGGUGGUAGUUUCACUCAUUCAUCAGCUAAUAGCGCGAUUUACGACACUUUUUGUCGGCGGUUAGUGUCUAUUUGCGGUGUUGUUGUUGUGUCCGUUGAUUACCGGAGAUCGCCGGAGCAUCGGUACCCUUGUGCUUAUGAUGAUGGUUGGAAUGCUCUCAAAUGGGUCAAAUCAAGAAUUUGGCUUCAGAGUGGUAAAGACUCGAAUGUUUAUGUUUAUUUAGCUGGAGAUAGCUCAGGAGGUAACAUAGCUCAUAAUGUUGCUGUGAGAGCAACUAAGGAAGGAGUUAAAGUGUUGGGGAACAUUUUGCUUCAUCCAAUGUUUGGUGGACAAGAGAGGACUGAAUCAGAGAAGUGUCUUGAUGGUAAAUACUUUGUGACUAUACAAGAUCGUGAUUGGUAUUGGAGAGCUUAUUUACCUGAAGGUGAAGAUAGAGAUCAUCCAGCUUGUAAUCCGUUUGGACCUAGAGGGGAAAGUCUUAAAGGAGUGAAAUUUCCAAAGAGUCUUGUUGUUGUGGCUGGUUUAGAUCUUGUUCAAGAUUGGCAAUUGGCUUAUGUUGAUGGGCUUAAGAAGACUGGUCAUGAAGUUAAUCUUUUGUAUUUGAAGCAAGCUACAAUUGGGUUUUACUUCUUGCCUAACAAUGAUCACUUUCAUUGUCUUAUGGAAGAGUUGAAGAAGUUUGUGCAUUCGAUAGAUGAUAGUCAAAGGAACUCAAGUCCUCUUCUACUAACUCCAUAG